GCGGGGUUCAGCCUCUCAACAACACUGAUACCCGGCUCAGAUGGAAAGCGGGGCGAGCCGCGUUGACGACAACACCGAGGUGAGAGAUAUAGAUAUGAGAUCAGAGGAGGAGCCAAAGUAUCAGACACCGCCCACCAGCGAUCUGCUCGGCCUUCUGCUGAAGAACAGACGCCCCACCGGAGCUGUCAACGAGGUUUGGCCCGACCUCUACAUCGGGGACGCGGCUACAGCUCAGGAUAAAAGCCUGCUAGGGAAUCUGGGAAUAACACACGUGCUGAAUGCUGCAGACGGCCCCCGGCACAUUGACACGGGGCCACGUUUCUACAAAGACACCAGGGUGCUGUAUCACGGGGUCGAAGCAUCAGACUGUAAAGAUUUUGACUUGAGCCCGUUCUUCGCCGCGGCGGCUGAUUUCAUUCACGGCGCUCUGAGUCAGAAAGGUAAGGUGCUCGUCCAUUGCGCUCGAGGAAUCAGUCGCUCUGCGACUCUGGUUCUGGCCUACCUCAUGAUCAGAGAAGGACUCACCCUCGUGGAGGCCGUGGAGGUUGUUUGCAGGUGCAGGAAUAUUCUGCCAAACGUCGGAUUCCUGGAGCAGCUCUGUCGCCUGGACUCAGCCCUGGCUCUGCAGAGGAGGACGUAACGUCGAGAGGCCGAGGAGAGACGUUUUUAUCCUAUUUACUACAAAGUGCAAACUGAUCAGCCGUUAAGAGAAUAACUCUGGUUAUAUUAUUGUCCUAUGUAUCUCAAUGCAAUCGAGCGUUUUCAGGAUGUGCUGAACAAACAUCCAACCGCACCUCGCAACUUGUAGGACUUGAAGAAAUAUGACCUGCUAACGUGUUGGUGUUUCUAAUUGUGUUUAUUUCCACUUCCUGUUUUAUUUUCAAACUAUCACUGUUUUACAUUAACGUUUGAGAACUAAACUCAAUAAAGUUGCUUUGUUUUCUUUG